GGUUCAGUACAGAAGCAUUCAAAAGAAAAAGACACAAUGUUGUCGACAAAUACAGAACAUAAUUCUUCUGCAGUAGAGUUGUAUUGCAUCUGUAGGACGCCUUAUGAUGACUCCAAGUUCUACAUUGCAUGUGACCAGUGCCAGGAUUGGUUCCACGGCUCAUGCGUUGGUAUUUCAAAAUGUGAGGCUGAACAACUGGAUACAUACUCGUGCCCCAGCUGCAAACAGACAUCCAGUAGAAGUUCAGGCAAUCAAAACAAACUCCUGACUGAUGAACAGUGGAUAGAAGUUCACAAGGUCAUCCGGCUCCUCAAGGUGCACAAGAAUGCGUGGCCCUUCUUACAACCAGUUGAUGCCGCCCAAGUUCCAGAUUAUUACAAAAUCAUUAAAGAGCCCAUGGAUAUGACGACGAUAGAAGAAAAAACGUGUAGUCGAAAAUAUGAAACUUUAAAUGAUUUUGUCAAAGAUGUCAUGCAAAUAUUUGAUAAUUGUCGUUACUACAAUGCCCGCAAUACGACUUUCUAUAAAUGCGCCGACAUUCUUGAGAUAUAUUUUGUCAAUAAAUUAAAAACUCUUAGAAGCAAAUUAAACGAUAUGUGA